UUUCGGUCGCUGUUCAGACAUUGAGACGGAUGAUGAGAACAAAGAACAAAUACACAACAUCAUCAGAUAUGCCUGUAGCCUGCCAGGACUUCUUAUUUACUUUGCAGAAAUAUUCUCCCAGUUUCAUCAUCAUUUAUCUUUUGAUGAUAUCUACAAAAUGAUUUGUGAUGAAACCAAGCUCAAUGACUGGCUGGACGAAUGUACAAUUAACAGACGUAAGAUCAAACAAGAAAUGGACAAGUACUUUUCUCAACUCUCUCUCGAAUAGCAAGAAGCUCUCAAAGUGCUUUCAUAUUUUCCUGGAAGAUUUGGUAUUGAGGAAGCUGUUGAAAUGACUGGUUCUUCUAGUCAACCAGCUUCCAAGAUGCAUGUUCUGAUGCCGCUUGUUGAACAAGGUUUGAUCAGUUCAGAUUUAGAAUUACAGAAUUUCCAAGUACAAGAAUUAAUACGUGCAAUUACUAAACAACAGAUUGUCAAUGUACACAGCAAUGAUUUGGUAAAGCUCAAAUAUACAAACAUUAUUGGGAAAAGUCUGAUGAAGGCUCAAGAUAUUUAUGAUAAAGGCCUCAUAUAUGAAGCGCUCGGAAUAAUGAACAACAACUGGGAAAAUAUUUCAUUUCUGAUGAAGAAAGGGAUUGAUGUACCCUCAGAUGGUAGGACAUAUGGAGUUUAUUAUGAGAUAACAUUAAAAGCCUCAGAUAUACUGAUGCUAUGUCACCCUAGAGAUUCAAGACAGUUUUUCCAAGCAUGUCUACAAAACUCCCUGUUAUUUGGUAAUGAAGAAGAACAAGCUUUUAUGAAUAUAGCAUAUGGUGUAUCAUUGACAGAUUUACCAGGUUAUGGAGAAUACAAAGAAGCCAUGGAGCACUACAAGAAGGCUUUGGAUGUAUUGAAAUCGAGAAACAUCCAGUACCGACAGGUGCUGCUGUACAAUAGCAUGGCAGCCAAUGCCUAUAUGCGGGGAAAUCAGGUGGAAGCCUUGAAGUAUGUCGUACAAGUCAGAUGAAAAUCUCUCUCCCUCCCACUCUCUCUCCCUCCCUCCCACUCUCUCUGUCUCUCUCUCUAUCUAUCUAUCUCUUAUAUCUAUUAUACUAUCU